AUGGAUGAAAUCAACGGAGUGCAUGUGACCCCUAAGAGAAAAGAACUGCGAAUUGUUGCACAACAAGUUGUUCGAAAAUUCAGCAAAUCUUUCGCUGAUACUAUCAAUGGUGUGACAAUAGGCGAUGGAUCGUCUACUUUGCUGCAACAGUUAGAAAGUAGAAAGGAAAACCUCCAAAGGCAAUCAGGUCUUAAUCGCCUCCAUAAACAAGCUUCAACUUCUAAUGAAAGUGAACCGUUGCAUAAGAAAUCGAAAACAAAAUUCAACAGCUAUGGAUGUGUAAAGGGUCAGUGGCAACCAGAUCUUCUGGAAGGGGAGUCGCAUGACACACAAGAGCAGAAAAGGGAACUGCUGAAGGAUGAGUAUGAAAAACUGCCAUGGUGUACACAAACUGUGGAUGACAACAUGAAAGCCACGUACAGCACACAACGCUUUGAAAUAAACAAUGGAAAGAGCGUUGAGGAUGUUCUUAAGCAGUGGCCUUUCCUUGCUGAGGAGAAAUGGCUCUUAGACCAUUUCCACUCCCUAACAGGGAUUGACUUACAAGAGUUACUAAAUGAUUCUCUUAUGUCAAAGGCAUCCAGGCUGUUUGAAUAUCUCAAAACAAAGAGUAACCCUGCAUCAUUGGUAGAAGUUGGUUCAUCAGAUCAAAACCACUAUUUAAGCCAGGGUCGUACUUUACUUCAUGACAUGGUGACAAGAAAUGACAUCAGUGACCUUCCCUCUACACCCUGCAUUGCAGUUAUCGGAAACAUGUACUCGCCUAAUGCUAAGCAUUAUCUUGCAAUCGAUGGCAAUAUCAUCAACUCGGUGAAGUCAGACAAAGCUUUAACCAUGAUGUUUGCAGCCUACUAUGUUUUCAACAUUCACUACACUAAGGAGGCAUCCUGCACCCUAGAUUUUGUUCAGAGAUUCUUCAUGGGAAUAAAUCCGAGUGAUGGGUCAAAGACUGGGGUGAAGAAGAGAGACGGCAAUGUCAGUGGUAAAGUCUUUGCACUGGCCACUGCAAUGGCCCUCUUCGAAAGUGACUGGACACAAACAAAUGAGCAGUAACUUUUAUAGACUUAAUUCAAAACUUAACUGAGGAA